AUGCUUAAAGAAGAGUGUGGUUUCCCAGAUACUGUUGACUUUAGUGACAGAUAUAAAGAAGCUAUUGGAAAGUUCAAGGAUGGAAAUACUGACCCGAACCUAUUUAGCUUUAUGGCUCAGCACCAAAACGGAUAUAAUCUCAAACCUGGAAAAUACAAGCUCGCUAAGGGAUAUGAUUUAAUAGCAUAUCAUCCAAAUGACAUGGAUGAAUUUACUCCGAGAUAUUUGAUGUCAGAGCUAAAUGACAAUUCAACUUUCGUCAUGAAACGCGUAAAAAAUAGAGACGGAACGAAAGAACAAAAGCUUAUGAAUGCGGAUGACGUAGAUAGGGAAAUUGUUAAAAACGGUCUCGGAAUAUAUGAAAUGCCAGCAGAUGAGGUACAAGAAACUCCACAGGAAGAAAUAGUUCAGAUACAACCAGACAUGGAAGAAAUAGUUCAGCAACAACAGCUAGAAGAGCCUGAAGGAAACGAACAAGUCACUCCUUUGGAAACUAACUUCACAGAACUAGAUGAAGAUUUGGAACAGCCGAAAAAUCUUGACCCUCAACAAGAGUAUGCGGAGAAUAUGGAAUAUUUCCAAGAGUCUAAAAAAAAUUCGGCUGACAUAGUAGAAGAAUAUCGAAAAAUGUUUGCCGACAUACAAAAGACUCCAGCACCAGAUGAAAAUAUUCAGCAUAGAAUGGAAGAACUGAAAAAAAAUGUACACAAAUACAACAACCCUUUUUACUUACGAGCAUUUAACGUUCAAUCUUCGGAUGAACUCGGUGAAGAUAAAAGGUUAAAUUUCAAGAAAACAUAUAGAAAUGAAACAUUGUUUAAAGUUCAUUCAGAACCUAACCAAGAUGGAAACAAACCUACUUUU